UUAUUAGCACCGAGAGAGAUGAAUAGCUUUGAAACAUCUGGUGCUCCGGAACAGAAAACGAAAAGACAGAAAUACAGCAACAGUAAUGUAAACAGGUCAGACUUUCAGUGCUUGUUCUGGAUUGACCCCCUUUAUGAUGGUACGAAGGCGGGUUUAGUCAUAGCAUUCCUGGAAACUGGCCAAUGUGACAUCAGCAACACAUGCUCGAGAGGUUUCAACAUUUAGAAAGAAAGAAAUGAAAACCACUCAAAGUGGUGGAAAACUUUUGUUGGCAUCACUCUUGUCUCAGUAGAGACUGAAACACCACUGCUCAUGCAGUAUGUUGCCUGCUAUGACUGUGGAGGCUACAGUUUUAAACAAUACAGGCUCACCAAUGAGUUAGUUUUUGACCUUCAUCGUUAUUUUAGAGCUUUUUUGACCCGUAGGGACUUGGUUAAUAUUCAUGGUUGGAACUGUAAACUAUUCCGUUGGAUAACGAUCAUUGCUGCUUCAGUAUUGAAGAGGGAUCCUCAGGCAGUUCGCUGACUUUGACUGAGAGGAGUCUUUGAUGGCGGGACCUUCUGCUAACAUGGGCGGUCGUCUUCUGAACAUUGUUGUCUUCCUCACACUGUUUGGGAACCUCUGUUUUGGUUUCGAAGUUUGUUCCGGGAGACCUGCGGCAUUAGAGUUUAAUGUAUCUGGCCCUGUGGAGGGACUUAUCAGUAUUUACCAUGACACUGAAAAGUUACCGGUGUAUUCUAACAAAUCUGUGCCCCAGGAAUGCCCUGCAAAAAUGCUGGAAAGCAAAUUGUUGUGCUGGUCUUCGUUUGGCAGGACCUUGCUUUUUUACAGAUCGAAUGUCUCGGAGGGCGACCGAGGCCGAUAUGAUCUGGAAUAUGACACCCUGCACAGGAGAGGACAGAGUUCCACCAAUAAACUGACUGUGCUGAAAAAUUGUACCUCACAAAGGACCACCACUCUUCCGGCUACAACUUACCCCCAUCUACCUCCCCAAGGAAAUGAAUAUGGUGUGGUGGCAGUAGCUGUUAUACUCGGUGUAUGUGCUAUAUUUGGAAUCUCUGCAUUCGUUAGAUUGAUAGUCAGAAGAAAUUCACAGAAGCCACACAAGAGGACCGCGACAGUGAAAUUACAAAAUUUCACUGUCGCGUCUGACAGCAGUACACAGAGCAGCCCUGUGGUCAUCACUUGAUGACAGAAUCUGGAGGAGGGG